AUGCCCUCAGCCCCUUCCCACGAGGAGGCCACCUGUCCGGCCUGCCGAGGCCCCACAAAGGACCUGUGGACACACCUCCUGCUGGCCGUGCCUCAUCUGCCCUCUGGGAUGGGGGCCCAGCCCUCCUGCAAGGUCCUGCUGUGUCCAUGGUGCAAGGAGGAGGGGCACACAGACCCUGUCACAGUCCCCGUGCCGCUGGGCACUCUGGAGGAGAUGCAUUGUGAGGAACACGGGGAGAAGGUAUGCUUCUUCUGUGGACAUGAUGCUCAGCUCCUGUGCACGCGCUGUCGAGAGGGCCCCUCCCACCACACCCACGCCGUGGGCUUCCUGGACGGGGCCUGCCAGCCCAACCAGGACGGUGUCAGGACUCAGUUGGAAGCCCUGAGGGUGGAGGGAGAAGAGAUUGAGGACAUAAAGAGUCGGGAAGACCAGAAGUUCCAAAUGCUUCUGACUCACAUCGAAAUCAGGAAGCAGCAGGUAGAAGCCGUGUUUGAGAAGUUGCAGCAGGAGCUGAGGGAACAGCGGGGCCUCCUGCUGGCCAGGCUGAGGGGGCUGGAGGUGCAGGUCUGCGAGGAGCGAGAAGACUACAUCUCCAAGUUCUCCGAGGAGGUUGCCAGGCACAGAGCUGAGGCCGAGGAGCUGGAGAACUGCCAGCAGCUGGCAAGUGUCCUGCUACAUGAUGUGGGCGUCAGCCAGAGCAGGUGUGAGAAGACUUUUGUGAGUCCAGAGACCAUUUCUCCUGCCCUUGUCGAGAAGAUCCGAGAUGUUCACAGGAAAAUCCUGCCCCUCCCAGAGAUGCUAAGGACCUUCUCAGAAAGCCUGGUGCAUCAUCUGGAAACAGACUCAGGCCUCCAGGGCUUCGCACCUGCUGCGCCCAGCGCGCAAGUGCCCUGCCCCGUCUCGCCCGCCGCGGAGCGCGACCCCGCCUUCGCCACCUCCUUCGGUCGGUCGGAGCUGUUUGGGAAACAGGCUCCUAACAGAAUGAAGGGCCGAGGGGGGAGUCCGAGGGGCGCUGGGGCGGAGAGUGGCCGAGCUUUCGGGAGCCCAGGGGCUGCUCCCGGACACACGCACGGCUCGGGGAGCCAGCGCGAGUUUGAAAAACGAAACCAAACACCAGUAGAAUAG